CAAUCUCCAAACCCGGGCACCCGUCCCUCUCUCUGUCUCUCUGUGUGUCUCUCUCUCUCUCUCUCUCUCUCUCUCUCUCGUCCUCUUCGUUGCUUACAGAGAAAGCGAAAGAGGAAAACAGAAGGAGCAUCUGAUAACGUAGUUCUUUGAAUUUCUUUCUUCUAGACCUAGUUUUUUUUUUUUCCGCAGACCAAUCUCAUUUACCUUUUUUUUUUGUUAAAUAAUCUAAAUGUCUCUUUAAUCAGUAAACAUCGAAGUCCUUUCUCUCUGUUUCUCAACCAUGGACGAGUCUUACAGUAGUAAUCUCCCUACCAGCCGUUUGCUUGGUUCAGUACCUGCGGUCAUCAAUGACGAAAAGAAAACUGCAAAUUAUGAAGCCCCAGAGGCAAAAAUGCAAAUACCUCCUCCAAAUAAUGGACGAGGCAAUUCACGGGGUUAUCAAAAUCUUGGAAGUCCAAGUGGUGCAUUUUGCGGAGCUAGCCAAGGGUGUAAAGCUUUAGAAAGGAGAUGGACCAAGGUUGAACUGAAUCCUAUCUGAAACUAAUCUAAGUUCAAGAAGAGGGUUGAAAUCUUUUUCCCACAAAGGGAAGAGAAAUAAAUAGAUGUUUACCGACCUUGUAGGUCUUGUCUCCUAUAUGUUGAAUAACUGCAUGGAAAUUUUGUGCGAAGCAUUUGAACAACAGUCAGCACACAAUUGGAAGGGAUUAUUUAGUAUCUCAUCAUAUGCUCAAUAUUUUAAUGUUGAUACAGACAUUGUACUAACCAGAUUGAUGAGUUCUUUAUUUCCCAUUGGUGGAGAUUUUUUCAGCAAGAUCGAUGCUAACCCUGAUCUGUGAGUUCUGGAGUCUUUUUAUCUUUACUAUGGAUAUGUCCAAAUAAUACAGGAGAUUUUCUUUGAAGUGAAAUGCUUCAUCAAUUUUUAUAAACUAUAUAUUGGGAGAGUUUAUGGAAAUCCUUGAAUAGAAAUGCAUGUCGUUGGGGUUGAAAAUUUGUUGAUAAAGGUUGAUCAGAACGAAGAGUUGAAUAAAAAGAUUUUGAAGAAUGGAUAUCUUUUCCCUAUUCUCUUAUCAACUUGGAAAGUGAGAAUAAAAUGUUGAAUUGAUAUUCUUUUUUUAAGCAUGAACCAUGUUUUUUAGUCAUUAGAAUCACUGAUCAGAUUGAUAACAUUAUGAUUGGCACAAGUAAAGCAUAUUUUAUGCAGGACAAGAAGAUAAAAUGGACAUAUUUCAAUAAUAAGAUAUAUUUAUGUAAUUGUAAUGUUUUCUUUUAUUCCAAAAAAAAAGUGUAUUAGUAAUACUUAUUUUUAUUGAGGUAUUUAACUUAUUUACAAACUUUCUUCUUCAAUAAUGAAUGAAUUAUUUCAGUUCUUUCUGCUUUUCUCUAAUU